CAGUGGCGUAGUCGACACCAACCAUCAACCUCAUGCCAUCGUUAACCAGAUCUUCAUCUCGAUUCUUUACUGGCCCAACGACGCUCGUGAUGCUUCCACAAUGAGAACGCAAAUUCCAGUUCGCAUCGCCUACUACCAUCAGAGCAAGUAUGGACGACGUUGACGCCUUACUCGACCGCGUCCAUGACCUCUCCGACCUGGAAUUGGCUGUGUUGCUGAGUUUGAUAGCCGACCAACAUUGCUUAAUUGAAUCUGAUGAUGACAUCCAGGACGAUGUUGCCGCUGAACUUGGCUUGAUUGUAUCGGAUGUCUUUAAGUUCUCCCACAUCAUCCUAGAACGAGAUGAUCUACAGUCAGUGGACAAAUUUGGUGAACUCAUCCUAGAUGAGCACACUGAUUUCGAAGACACCAUAAACGGUGGGGACAGUGGGUUCGACAGUAACAGCAACCUCCACACCCAAAUAGCCGCCAUCAAUUUCAAAGGCAAUGGCUCAAGUGUAGCAUCACAGCAGAAACUAGACACUCGCAAAGUCGUCAACGUUAUCAUCGCCAAAGACUUCAAUCUCGCUUCAGAAGCCAUUCAAAUCCAAAUGCUCGAGCUCAUUCGGAGUAAACGCGUCUUCAGUCGCACUACCGUCCAUGCAGCACCAAAGGAAUUCCUAUUUCUUCCUCUAGUCGCUACCUCUACUAAAGAUGUCAAACUAACCAAACACCUGAAUGAUCGAAUCUUCAUCUCCCAUCGCCACCAACUCGAAGAUGGAUUUCUCCACCUCGAGGAGCUUGACGCCCAUGCUGAAGAACAAAACUUCGACCACACAUUGGGGCGAUCUCCCAGUGCAAGGAGCCAGCAAAUGCUCUCGAAUCGCCGGAUCGAUAGCUCGAUGAUCGAAUAUCUACGCGAUCAAGGCCACCAAACCACCGUAACGACCGAAAUCCGACGAUAUCUCCAAGAUAUAGUAGUAUUCCUACGCAUGGAAAGAAGCGUCGAUGGCGGUAUCUCACCAUUUGCCACGACGCAACUGCUUUCACUAGCCAAAUAUCUGGCCCCCUUGCACGGCAUACACUAUGUCACCCCUUCGCUUGUGGCCUUGGCCGCCAGAAAAGUCUAUUCGCAUCGUAUCAUCAUGGCUACUCCCCAGCGGGAACGAAGUACCCAGUAUGGUACGAGUCUGGUUGCAGCACAGGAGAUCCUCGAAGGUCUUGAUCCUCAGAAAGUCAUUGAUAAUGUCUUGGGAUCGGUCCGUUGUCCGGCUUGAUGCGACAUCUGUCUAUCUAGGGUUGCUCUCUUGCAGUGGCUUAGGUGGUUCAGACUUCCAUCGCACAGGCCGUAACUGCAAGCAGCCUUGGAUCGACCUUGAUUGAAGUUCACUGGAACAAAUCAUUACUCUCCAGAGUCAUGGGACAUUUACCACGUGUCAGAACUGGUGUAAUAUACUAAUUGUGACUAGGCUAGAUGCAUUAAUCUAACAUGUGGCAGACCAAAAGUGCUCAAAUGGCAUGAAACGCUCAAACCGUGCUUUUCCUCAGGCUCAUGUGUCACCAUGCCUACACUGGGUGCACAAUGCAUGAAGAGGCCAGCGAUCGAGAAACAAAGCUUUGCCCAUCAAAUUUAAACGAACAGAGGUCACCAAUUCCAAAAAGUGCCCUUUUCAUCGUCAAGACGCUGAUGCCUGACUUGCGUUGACAACCUCAGGAAUGCCAGGAACCACUGGGUGUCGGGCUUCCGUUCUUCCAGCACUUCCAUCAAACACAAAAGGGCCAGCGUUAUUCCUAGGCGUCAAUGGUCCUUCUCCUGCCGGCGUGUGAUCGAUAUCGGGUGUCUGCGUCCUCGUUCGCUGCUGGUCUAGUUGAACAUGGGAAUCAUCUGGUUCUAGCCGCUCGGGAAGAUCAAUGUUACCAUUCAUGGCCUGUACCUCGGGAGAGACCGGGUUUGUGGCUUGUCGGCGAGCAAGAAGACCACUCCCGCGCAUGGACGUGGGAGAAUUGGACAAUUCAUUCGCGACAGCAGGUGGGGAGUUGGGAUUUUGUGUGAGACCGUUAGAUAAAGAGGUCCGCAAUGCGUCGAUAGAGGUAGCCGUGGCCGGCAAGGCCGCUUCUGGGGGUUCUGUGGCUUGUCCAUCCGCGGAUGCAUCCUCCGUUUCGGUCGUAUCAACGUUGUUUGAAGCAUUGACUGCCGCUAGACGAUCCGAAUCAUCCUCAUUACCAUCCAUCCAUUCAUCGAUGUCGGACUGAGCAACAUCCACAUCCGCUGCGAGAUCUGAAUAUGCUCUGCAAUUGGGACACUGGAAUUGGGGAUAUGUGCUAUUUCUGCCUUCCAACAUCGGCCGAAUGCAUUUGUAAUGCCAUACAUGAGCACAGGGGGCGACAAAAAGUGCUUGACAGGGCUACAGCGCCGGUUAGAUACGGGUCUGCGAGGUCAUAUUCAAGGAGACAUACCAGGACUGAUCCCAGGCAAAUACAACACUCGCUGCUGUUUGCAUCGGCAGAUGGUUCAUCCUUUGCCAAGCUCUGCAAUUGUUGAUGACGGCUCUUACUGCCCAGGCGUUAGCAUGUAGACAUAGUCCAGUUCGGGAGAGAACGCAC